GUACCUAAGAUAUAUAUAUAAUACCUACAAAAGGGGCGAACCACGGUAGCAGGAAAGCAGGAUCUCCCCGUGCGACGGUCACAGCUUUCUCAUUCGAGAAAUAGCGAGGAAAGCGGAAGGGACGAACGGAGUCCUGCUCCCCUUUAUGUCAGCCCCCUCCCAAGCCUCCUUGGCUGGUUUGAUCUUGUGAUUUGCUUUUUUUUCUUCCUCUUCUUAUUCCUCUUGGCAACGGAUAGGAGAAGGGGAGUGACGUCGAGGCUCGUGUUUAUGGGGUGUUUGUGUACGUGCGUGCUUAAACAAACCCAUCAACCAAAACUCAUCUACAUACCUAAAUCAUUACAUCUCAACAAUGUUGUUCUCACCUCAAGCUCUCAUCUCUGGAGCUGCCGCGCUGUUGGCUCUCUGCAAUAUAGCUGUAGCAUCCCCUGUAGCAGAAGCACCUAGCCCGACGAUCCCCGGUCACUGCUCAACUACGAUGGACGACUUUGAGCAUACCACUGCUUGGGUCAAGACUCACGAGUGCUACACUUACACCAGGACGAUCCAGUCUUCUACUUGCCCUACCCUAUCGUGCGCACCCAGGCCAACAGAUGCAAUCUGCCCGCUCUACAUCAAGGUCUCAAGCGUCACCGUGCCAUGCUCUACGGACUGCUGCCCGACAACGUCAACAUCGUAUGUAGCUAACGGCGCGUGUCCGACUUGCGACCCUUGCCCUAUCCCCACUGAAUGGAUCACUUACACGACCGGAUGUGCUGGUACGCCUACCAUUACAUCCGAGACAAUCGAGACCCCGCCGUGGAACACGCCCACUUCUCUUGAGAAUUAAGUAUGCGAGGAAGAUCUAAGGAACUGAGGGGAAAAGAAAUGUAGUGUAGUCUGUAG